AGUUUCUCGUGCUUUCGACAAUCUAAACUUUUUGUGUAGCAUCAUAUUGGUUCACUGUUCCUCACUGCGAUGGCAUUUUCAUUGAGCCAACGAGUCGUGGAAACGAUGCCAUCUGGAACAUGGAACGAUUUCACUGAUCUUCCGGCAGAAUUCAUUUCUCAAUUUGGAUCUUCUUCCGAGGCAAUGCAGUAUUCAUGUUAUUACUCCGAUUCCUUUAUUCGCUUUGCAACCGCUAUGGACGACGUAUUAAUUGGAGCAUGUCUCAUAUCUACUGUGAUUAAUUUUAUCGUGAUUGCAUGUUCCGCCAAGUUAUAUAAAAAGAAAGGAGACACACUUCACUUGUUUAUUUUGAACAUGACUAUUGGAGACACAAUAUUAACACUGUUUUGCCAUCCGUAUGAGCUAGUCACGAGAAGAUAUUCUGGAGCACAUGUUCAUUUCAUAACUGUUUUUUUGAAUUUUGCAAACUGGGUGGGUCUUGCAGUAUCCGGGCUUUCACUCACUUUGCUGAAUAUUGAUAAGCUAAUAUUUUUUUGCUGGCCAUUCAAAUAUGACAUAUGGAUGUCUUAUUUUAGAGCCAAGCUAUUUUGUUAUCUCUCCUGGAUUAUAUCAAUAGGUUUUGCGACAUACUACUGGAUGUAUAGUUAUAUGUACUUUGUAAAUGCAACAGUUGAUAUUCAACAACAGUUUGAAAUACAAUUUGUGUUUCUUACAGGAUUAAUGAACAGUGGCCAGUUUUCUCCGGUGAACAAAAUUUUCUACGAAGUAUUCACAGUGGUGUUCUGUGUUAUUCCGAUAGUGUCAUCGCUGUUAGUAUCCUGUUACUUAUACGAUUUAACUAAAAGGAAACGAAAAACCGUGAUUAAGACUAGCAGUGCAAGCAAAAUUGAGAAUAAAGCAACAUCUUUUGCAUUCAUCUUCGCGACAACACUUUGGACAUCUUGCAGUUUGCUUCCUUAUAGAAUAGCGAAUCUAGCGAGAAUUCAUAUUAUAGCGUGGCCCAACCUAGACUGUGAAUCUCGUCAAAACUUGAGCUGGCUGACCUGGAGUAUGCUUUACUUACUUAUUUUGAAUCCAAUAAUUAAUCCCCUCAUAACUGCAUUUGCCUACGCGCCAUACCGUCAGAUGAUAUACUCAAGAGUUCGGAAAUCAUCUAGAAAAAACUAUCAAGAUCAGAAUUCCUACGAAACAAACAAAAGCAACAUAACAUCAACAAAUUCUGUAUCCUCGAAAGUGUUUUAUGUUGAUCUCACGAUGGCUAAACAGAACCAUACCAAAACUUUGAGGAAAGCUCCACUUGCCAAGUUCCCAAGCAUUUGCUCCUGCGGCUCUUUUGUGACCAACGAAAAUCUACAGUGCACACGGUUUUAGAAAAAAUGCAAUUAUUUUUUUGUUAUUGUGAAAAAGUUGUAUUCAGUGUUUUCAUUUCUUUUUUUUUUGGUGAGUUAUCAAUAAACAUGUAUUUAUGGUA